UGAAUCUCAGUCUCCCUUGGAGACAGUGCAUGACCGUGCAACAGUAGUCUCCACUCCACAGCACUUCUACUGAGCUCCAACACUGUCCAGAGGGAACGAGAGACGGCAUCUGAGUAAGAGACAGUGAGGGAGUUAGCUCAACUGAAUGUGAACGAGGGAGAAAUAAAUAAAGAAGGAGAUAUAAACAUCAAUAGACAUUUAGAUAGAAGAGACUGAUAGAGAGCUAUAGCAAGCCGCCUGUGGAGGAGCCAGGAGCCUGGGAAUGCAGAGGGAUUGCAGGAGGAGCUGCUGAGUGUAGCAGCAGUCCAGGCAGGCAGACAGACAACACACACACAUCCCAGGGAGGGACUGUUGGCUCUGCCUCUAGUGGAGGAUGAAGAAGCACUCGGCCAGAGUGGCUCCUCUCAGCUCCUACAGCUCCCAGGUCCUCACCUGCCCCAUCUCCGAAGGAGAGGAGGGUUCUGAGUCUCGUGCAGACACCCCAGGCAGCGAGGCCAGUGGAGAGGGGACAUCGUACCAGACGUGUGCUAACACAGUGCUGAAGGUGCUGGGGGGCCUCCUAUUGGUCCUAUGUGUGUCCUCCUCCUGGGUGGGCACCACUCAGCUGGUCCAGCUCACCUUCAAGUCCUUCUCCUGCCCCUUCUUUGUCUCCUGGUUCAGCACCAACUGGAACAUCCUCCUCUUCCCUCUCUACUACGGAGGCCAUGUGGUCACCACCCGGGACAAGCAAACACCUAUACAGAAAUUCAGAGAAUGCAGCAGGCUUUUCGGGGAAGAUGGGAUGACACUCAAGCUGUUCCUGAAGAGGACAGCCCCCUUCUCCAUCCUGUGGACCCUGACUAACUACCUGUACCUGCUGGCCCUGAGGAAGCUGACCGCCACUGACGUCUCAGCCCUCUACUGCUGCCACAAGGCCUUCGUCUUCCUGCUGUCAUGGAUCGUCCUGAAGGACCGCUUCAUGGGUGUACGGAUUGUGGCAGCCAUAAUGGCCAUCACAGGCAUUGUCAUGAUGGCAUACGCAGAUGGUUUCCAUGGGGACUCCAUCAUAGGUGUGGCCUUGGCUGUGGGCUCUGCCUCCACAUCGGCUCUCUACAAGGUGCUGUUUAAGAUGUUCCUGGGCAGUGCCAGCCUGGGUGAGGUGGCUCACUUCCUCUCCACCAUGGGUGUCUUCAAUCUCAUCUUCAUCUCCUUCAUCCCCCUCAUCCUCUACUUCACCAAAGUGGAGCACUGGGGCUCUCUGUCCUCACUGCCCUGGGGAUACCUGUGUGGCCUGGCUGGGCUCUGGCUGGUGUUCAAUAUCCUGGUUAAUGUUGGUGUGGUGCUUACCUACCCCAUCCUCAUCUCUAUAGGGACACUGCUCAGUGUGCCCGGCAAUGCAGCGGUAGAUGUGUUGAAACAUGAGGUUAUCUUCAGUGUGGUGCGUCUGGCUGCCACCUGCAUCAUCUGCCUGGGCUUCCUGCUGCUGCUGCUUCCUGAGGAGUGGGACUCCGUCACUCUGCGCUUCCUCGCCGCCUUCGCAGACAAGAAGUCUGAGGAGCAUGGCGAGGAGCUGACCGAGUCCAGCAUCCACACGCGCAGCCGCAGCCGAGCCAAUGGCACAGUCUCAAUCCCUAUGGCAUGAUCCCAUGAUCCUCCACUGCCCCGUCCCAUCACCAACCCCCAUUCUCACACGUUUCUACAUGUCCCAUCUGGGAAGCGUGGCGAGAUGACUCUGGUGCUGACUUACAGACCAGGAAGUCCAAAAUCAGGAGAACAGGAUGUGUAACUAGGACUGAGAGAAACUAUCACAGUUCUGUCACUUUCCCCAGGAACUACUGGGGAGUGAAAAUAGAACAUUUACUGCUGAGUUUGGUGAGCAGAAAGUUGGAAAGUGUUAUUUACUUUCUUGAAUUCCUUGCCACGCCCAGUCUUGCCUGUCACAUGCCCCAGACCAGUGUUUCUCAACUUUGGUCCUCCAAUACCCCCACAGUACAUAUUUUUGUUGUGGCCCCGGACAAGCACAUCUAAUCAUCUAGCACUUGCCAAAUUGAAUCAGUUGUUUUUAUCCGAGGCUACAACAAAAAUAUGUGCUGUUGGGGGCACUGGAGGACCGGAGUUGGGAAACACUAGCCUAGACCACGUAAGCUCAACAACCUUGAACCUGCUACACGGACUGUAUUCUGUGAAUAUAAAUAUUGAAUGGGCCAGUUUGGCUCAAUCUUAUAUGUAUUUAUUGAAUUUACUCAGAGGUGUAUCAGUAUAGUAUUUACAUUUUACUUCUUAUAUAGUAUUAUGUACAGGAAUGGGUUGGGAAAUACAGUUAAUUUAGAAAGUAUUUUUUCCCCACAUUUCGUGUUACACCCUGAAUAUAAUUACAUGUAGAUGUUUUUCUCACUGGCCUACACACAAUACUCCAUAAUGUCAAAGUGGAAUUAUGUUUUUAAAUGUUUUUAAAUUGACAAAUUAAUUGAAAAUGAAAAGAGUGAAUAAGUAUUCAACCCCUUUGUUAUGGCAAGCAUAAAUAAGUUCAGGGGUAAAAAUGUGCUUAAACAAGUCACAAAAUAAGUUGCAUGGUCUCAGUCUUUGUGCAAUAAUAGUGUUUAACAUGAUUUUUUAAAAGACUACCUAAUCUCUGUACCUCACACAUACAAGUAUCUGUAAGUUCCCUCUGUCGAGCACUGAAUUUCAAACACAGAUUCAACCACAAAGACCAGGGAGGCUUUCCAAUUGCUCGAAAAGAAGGUAGAUGGGUGAAUAUCCCUUUGAUAAUGAUGAAGUUAUUAAUUAGGCUUUGGAUGGUGUAUCAAUACACCCAGCCACUCUAAAGAUACAGAUGUCCUUCCUAACUCAGUUGUCAGAGAGGAAGGAAACAGCUUAGGGAUUUCAUCAUGAGGCCAGUAGUGACUUUAAAACCGUUACAAAGCUUAAUGGCCGUGAUACGAGAAAACUGAGGAAGGAUCAACAUCGUUUUAGUUACUCCACAAUACUAAUCUAAUUGACAGAGUUAAAAUAAUACAAAUAUUCCAAAACAUUCAUCCUGUUUGCAACAGGGCACUAAAGUAAUACUGCAAAAGCAUGUGUCAAAGCAAUUCACUUUUUGCCAUGAAUACAAAGUGUUAUGUUUGGGGCAAAUCCAACACACAACUGAGUACCACGCUCCAUAUUUUCAAGUGGUGGCUGCAUCAUGUUAUGGGUAUGCUUGCAAUUGUUAAGGACUGGGGAGUUUUCCAGAAUAGAAAAUAAAUGGAAUUGAGCUAAGCACAGGAGAAUCCUAGAGGAAAACCUGGAUCAGUCUGCUUUUCACCAGACACUGGGAGAUGAAUUCACCUUUCAGCAGGACAAUGACCUAAACACAAGGCCAAAUCUACACUGCACUUGAUUACCAAGAAGACAGUUCCUGAGUGGUCGAGUUACAGUUUUCACUCAAAUCUACUUGGAAAUCUAUGACAAGACAUGAAAAUGGUUGUCAAGCAAUGAUCAAUAACCAAUUUGACAGAACUUGAAGAAUUUUGAAAAUAAUAAUGGGUGUGGAAUGCUCUUAGAGACUUACCCAGAAAGACUCACAGCUGUAAUCGCUUCCAAAUGUGCUUAUACAAAGUAUUGCCUCAGGGCUGUAAAUACUUCUGUAAAUAAAAUAUUUCUGUAUAUAAUUUUCAAUACAUUUUCAAACAUAAAAAAAAAAGUUUUUCAUUUUGUCAUUAUGGGGUAUUGUGUGUAGAUGGGUGAGAGAAAACAUAUAUUUAAUCCAUUUUGAAUUCAGGCUGAAACACAACAAAAUGUGGAACAAGUCAAGGGGUAUGAAUACUUUCUGAGGGCACUGUAUCCGCUUAAUGUACAGGCUCUUUUUCUUUUUUAAUAAAAUAUUA